AUGAGUUACCACCACGGGGGAAUAGGUUUCUGUUUCGCAUUGCUCCACGAAACAACAGCCCUCCCAUUGAGAUUGCCGUCGACUCAGAGGAAGAGAUGAGGGAUUGGUUAGAGAAGAUCUCUAUAUCUUCAUCUACAGCAGUGAUCAGGACCAGUGAACAGAAACACCUGGAGCGAACCAUGCGAAUAGCUCGAGAAUUUUCUGAUCUGAUUAUUUACUGCAGGGCUGUUCCAUUUAACCCAGAGGGUCA